GUUCUCUGUCCACCGUUAUGUUAGGAUUCUCACAGUUUCUACUCAUACAGUCAUUGUGGGUUUUUUUWAUUUAUAAAUGUAAGACUGUGUGUGUUUCAGCCAGAGCAGGUUGCCRAAAUUUAUAAAAUUUCUCCACUUUCAGUAAAAGUUCUUUAGUGGGGUCCAUACCUAUGCUCCACUGAACCUAUGUUCCCCAGUAUGUAUAUUCCUCUGUACCCAUGUGCCCAAGUACAUAUGUUUCCUGGUACCUGAAUUUAAGAACCUAUGCUUCUCACUACCCAUGUUUCCCAGAACCUACUCUCCACAGUGCCAAUGAUUCUCACUACCUAUAUGUUCCAAUGUACCUAUGGAAUCUAUGUUUCCAAGUACCUAAGUUCCCUGAACCUGUUUAUCUGUAGCUACAUAUUCCCUGUACAUAUGAUCCCUGGAACCUAGGUUCCCCUAAACCUAUGUGCCCUGGAGCCUAUAUGUUUCCUGGUACCUAUGUGCCUCGGUACCUAAAUGUUCCAUGGUACCUAUUGUAUCUAUGUUUCCAAGUACCUAAGUUCCCCUGAACCUGUUGUCCAGUACCUACAUAUUCCCUGGUAGCUAUGUUUCCCAGUACGUAUGAUCCCUGGAAACUAGAUUCCCCUAAACUUAUGUGCCCCUGAAACUACGUUUCCCAAAACCUAUGUUCCUCAGAGCCUAUGUUCCCCUAUACCUAUAUUUUCCCCGGUAUCUAUUUUCCCCAGAACCUGUUCCUCAGUAUAUAUGUUUUCAUAAACCUCGGUACAUAUUCUCCCUGGAACGUAUUUUUCCCACAACCUAUGCUUCCUGGUACAUUUAUAUUGCCCUGCACCUACGAUAUAUGUUCUGUAGUACCUAUGUUCCCUGUAAUUGUGUUCUCCCUGGGUUAAUAAUGAAAGUCAUGAAAGAUAUUUGGCUCCUCCUUCAAAUUUAAUUUAAAACAAUUGAAAAAUAUACUGAUUUACACUGCAGACAUUGUACUGGAGAAUAUUGGAAUGGGUGUCCUGGGGAGAAUAUAAUGAUCUAGGGAACAUAGGUACCAUGGAACGUAUUGAGGAACAUAAAGGUAUUGAGGAUUAUAAAGGUAUUGAGGAACACCUUGAGGAACAUAAAGGUAUUGAGGAACACAUAGUUAUUGAGGAACACAUAGGUAUUGAGGAACAUAUAGGUAUUGAGGAACAUAUAGGUAUUGGGGAACAUACAGGUAUUGAGGAACAUAUAGGUAUUGGGGAACAUAAAGUUAUUGAGGAACAUAUAGGUAUUGAGGAACAUACAGGUAUUGAGGAACAUAUAGGUAUUGAGGAACAUACAGGUAUUGAGGAACAUAUAGGUAUUGAGGAACAUAUAGGUAUUGAGGAACAUACAGGUAUUGAGGAACAUAUAGGUAUUGAGGAACAUACAGGUAUUGAGGAACAUACAGGUAUUGAGGAACAUAUAGGUAUUGAGGAACAUAAAGGUAUUGAGGAACAUAUAGGUAUUGAGGAACAUAAAGGUAUUGAGGAACAUAUAGGUAUUGAGGAACAUAUAGGUAUUGAGGAACAUAUAGGUAUUGAGGAACAUAAAGGUAUUGGGGAACAUAAAGUUAUUGAGGAACAUAUAGGUAUUGAGGAACAUAAAGGUAUUGAGGAACAAAUAGGUAGUGAGGAACACAUAGGUAUUGAGGAACACCUUGAGGAACAUAAAGGUAUUGAGGAACAUAUAGGUAUUGAGGAACAUAUAGGUAUUGAGGAACAUAUAGGUAUUGAGGAACAUAAAGGUAUUUAGGAACACAGGUAUUGAGGAACAUAUAGGUAUUGAGGAACAUAAAGGUAUUGAGGAACAUAUAGGUAUUGAGGAACAUAAAGGUAUUGAGGAACAUAAAGGUAUUGAGGAACAUAUAGGUAUUGAGGAACAUAUAGGUAUUGAGGAACAUACAGGUAUUGAGGAACAUAUAGGUAGUGAGGAACACAUAGGUACAGGGCAACCUAUAGGUACCAGGAAACAUAGGAUCUGGGGAACAUAGGUACCAUGGAACAUCAGUAUGAACCCCUCAGAUUUCUCUCCUCUCAGCUGAAGUUACUUAGUGGAGCUGCUGCAGUUCUUCAUGCUUCUGAUUCAUUCAUCCCCAUCAAUUAUUUAAACAAAACUCACACCGUCUUCUCACACAUAAUGCAUGACUAGAAUCUAUUUUUGGGUCAGGCUUUUUUAUUUUUCUCCUUUGCUCAUAAAAUCAAAGCACCCUUUUUCUCUGGUGUCUUUGUUUGUCUGCCC